GCCCCUGAGAGCCGGCCGGGGCCACGGCGCUGCGACAGCCUCCGCCGACACAGCCGGGCCGCGCACCAUGUCCCACCACUGGGGAUACGGCAGCCACGACGGACCCACUCACUGGCACGAACACUUCCCCAUCGCCAACGGAGAGCGCCAGUCCCCUAUUGCCAUCAGCAGCAAGUCCGCCAGGUACGACUCCUCGCUGAAGCCUCUCAGCUUCAGUUACGAUGCCGGCACAGCUAGAAACAUAGUCAACAACGGGCACUCCUUCAACGUGGAGUUUGAUGAUUCUUCCGACAAGUCAGUGCUGCAAGGAGGAGCGCUGGAUGGAGUCUACAGACUGGCCCAGUUUCACAUUCACUGGGGAUCCUGUGAGGGCCAAGGGUCUGAGCACACUGUGGAUGGUGUGAAGUAUGAUGCAGAGCUCCAUAUUGUUCACUGGAAGGUGGAAUAUGGUACAUUUGCUGAAGCUGUGAAGCAUCCUGAUGGUUUGGCUGUGGUAGGCAUCUUCAUGAAGGUAGGAAAUGCCAAGCCUGAAAUACAGAAAGUUGUGGAUGCUCUGAACUCCAUUCAAACCAAGGGAAAGCAAGCUUCCUUCACAAACUUUGACCCCACUGGACUGCUUCCUGCAUGCAGAGACUAUUGGACGUACCCCGGCUCACUGACCACUCCCCCGCUGCUCGAAUGUGUGGUCUGGCACGUUCUGAAGGAGCCCAUCACUGUCAGCCCCGAGCAGAUGUGCAAACUCCGUGGCCUUUGCUUCAGUGCUGAGAAUGAGCCCGUGUGCCAUAUGGUGGACAACUGGCGCCCAUGUCAGCCUUUGAAGAGCAGAGAAGUCAGAGCUUCCUUCCAGUAACCUCAGCGCUGAGUGUGUUAGAAAUUGCUGUGUUUGUGAGGAGCCCCUUUUGCUAAGCACAAAUCAAACCUUUGCCAUGUGUGCCCUGGCAACAUCUUGUCUCCCAGAUCCAUUCUUUCUUUCGCUCUGCAUCUAAAAUGCCAGCUAAUGAAAUGUGAAAGGCUCUUGGCCAAAUAGGAAAGGGUUCUUAAGGUGUGGGGUUAGGGGAGGCAUGG